AUGAUGCGUGGAGCUCCGUCCUGCUGGAGCUUAGGAGCGCUGUGGCUUACGCUGUCCCUGGCCGCUCUGGGCUUUUCGGACCAAGCUAUCCGCUGUCCCAUCUGCACAGAAGAGAAACUAGCCACCUGUCGCCUGCCAGAUGGGUGCGAGGAGACGGUGAGGGAGCCUGGGUGCGGGUGCUGCCCCACCUGUGCCCUGCCCAAAGGGGCGUUCUGUGGGGUGUACUCUCCCCGCUGUGGCACAGGGCUCCGCUGUUACCCGCCUCGAGGAGUGGAGAGACCACUGCACUUGCUCAUGCACGGUCAGGGGGUGUGCACGGACGAGAGGGAGCUGGAGGACAACUCAGCUUUGGAACGGCAAGAGGAGAUCAUCCCUGAGCAUCCAAACAACAGUAAUAUCCGCUGUAGCCCUCAAGACAAACGCUGCAUACAGAAGACCCUCGCUCGGCACCCGUCUAAACCCACAAACCAGAGGAACAUGGGCAGAGAGGAGGCCAAGGCUGCACUGGCUCCUUGUCGUGCUGAGCUGCAGAGGGCGCUAGACCGACUGGCCUCGAACUCUCGUACCCAUGACGACCUGUUCACCAUCCCCAUCCCAAAUUGCGACAAGAAUGGAGACUUUCACACCAAACAGUGCCACCCUGCUCGCGAUGGCCAGAGAGGAAAGUGCUGGUGUGUGAACCCCAAAACCGGCCUCAGGAUCCCGGGACCCCUGGAGCUUCGGGGAGACUUGGACUGCCACCAACUUGUGUCGGCUACACUGAGGGAUUGA